AUGGCUGCCGGAGACGAUUCGGUUAAGGAUUUCGCUCCGAAGGGGAAGAAAUCAUCUUCCAAAGACGACCAGAGGUCGGUCCCUUUUUUUAACCUAUUUCGGUCUCCGUUCGGUAACGAGGAAGGCAUUAUUUAGACGAACAACACGACUGAGAAAUCGCAGAGCUGAUUGUGGGAUUCGAAUUGACCUAUGCCGUGACAAUGCCGGGUGAAAGUUACUGAGAAUAUGGACGUUGAUGUGAGCUUUUAGUGAAACUAAUGUGAAGGAGAAUCAGUAAUUUUAUAUUUCUCGGGGAAUUCUGAGAUUUUUAAUUCUCUUUUUCUUUACGCGUCGAUUCCUCGGCAACUCUUACAAGAUUGGUCGUUUAUUAUAUCUGCCAUAUAUUUCCCUAAAUGAAUGAUAUGAUUGGAUUGAUGGCAUCCGACGUAUUCCUUCUGAGCUCCCUGGGAUAUUUCUUCUCAGGAGAAAAAAUAUGCCACCCGGAAGUCUGAUGAAAGCAGUCAUAAGGUCGGGAGUGGACUCAACAAAACCGGCUGAAGGAGAUCAGGUUUGCGUUGGUCAUCCCUCACAUAUCUUUUUUAAGUCUGAAAUGUUUAUGCCAUGAUUGAACUUUGUGACUUAUUAAAUCAUGGAAAUCAAUGCGUCUUUGUCUUUUUGAGGACAUAUACAAUCCACGUAGAAAACACGAAUAUUUGUUUUUUUUUUUUUACUAACGAUGUCUGAUUUUCAGUCGGGAGAAAUUCCAUGGUAUACUAACCGAGGUCUAUUUUAGUUUCUCUUCAUUAAAUUGUAGCUAUAGCGUCAUUUGCUCAUGAUUUAUUAGUACAGGACGAUCUUUCACAAAAAUGUCAUCCACCCUUAUUAGUGUCUACAGUGAAAGUUGUACUUUCUGUUUAGCUGGUAACGUCUCUUGGGUCACAUAGAGCUGAAUCCUUUGAUCCAUCACUAAAUGAAACCACUUUUUUUUCCUGAAGUACCUGAAAUAAAUGUGUGCAUCUACUGGAAAGAGUCUUGCGUACAUUUUUUCUUAACUAGCUGUCCAGAAUUAUUUUUAAUAUUAUCUUUUUUCUUAGGAAAUAUUAGAGCCAGGAACCGAAUGUAAAGUUUCAGUCGUCAGUAUUUGUUAUGGUGACUCUCUGAACAUAACUUAUUUUAUCCAGGGCUCACUGGUCUAAGGUUAUGAUUUGCAUUACUAUUUUUGUGAAGAGCCCGAACUUCUAAGCUGCUUUAUUGACUUAAGCCUCGAUGAUUUGCUCUGUUUGUUUUUUAUCAACUUCUAACUUCGUAAGGAUACUCGUCGUGUUUUGCAGACCAUUAGCUAAAACGUGACCAUAGGUUGCUUUUCAUGUCUGGAUGCCUCUCCUUAUACCUCGCAUGCUCAUUUUAUGGUAAUUGAACUUUUUUCUUCAAACUUCCGAUAACAUCUCUAAUUUGAGUUGACAACUUUCAGGUAAUAGUUCAUUGCACAGUUAGGACAGUUGAUGGGGUGAUUGUCGAAUCUAGUCGAGCAGAGAAUGGAGGUAAGUAUAAUUCAUAUAUAUCCUGUUUAGUUUUAUAUUUGAAUGGAUUUAUCUCGUCAAUGUACUCCUGAAAGAGGCAUCUCAAUGGCAUGGGUUUUAUACAUGGAUCGAAUUAUUUUGAAUUUAUACCAGAUCAAAAUCAGUCGAUCUCCUUAAGACUCAUGUAAAAGAAAAUACGGUUUUCUGUUUUCAUCACAAAAACAAUACAAACUGUCAGCUUAUAAAUGAAGGAUCUGUUGCUAGUGUUACAGCUUAGAGAAGAGCCAGCUUAGAGAUCAUGCAUGAAGAAUUGUGGCGGUUGCUUUCUGCCAGCAAUGUUGUUUGACAUCCGGAAAGAAAGGAAUAGGAAGCUUAGAGAAAGAUUUCGGAAAAUCUCUGACAUUACAGAGAAAGAAAUACUAUUUAUACAAGGGUGGUAUGGGGUCCUCAGGUUGUGAGCGCAGCCGACAGAUGGUCUUAAAAUAUGACACACUUUGAUAGGCUAAAAGGACGCAGUGGUCUAGUAUUUUCCCGGCGGUGAUCAUGAGUAACUUGAUGCUUUAGACUGGAUUGGUCUCGGGACUUUUUUGGCCGGGAACCCUUGGCCUUUCGAGAUAGUGCUAUCCCAGCGGUGCUGCUUGUGUUUAUGUUGUUGUUCGCUCGCCUCUGUUCGAAACCAUUCUCUUCAAUAUAAUAGAUUGCGUCUUCUCUUAUGUUAGUUGAAUAAGAUUUCCAUUUUGUGGCUUCUUAAAUAUUCUUGCUCUCAUUCUCAGGCAAAGGGAUUCCCAUUAGAUAUGUUCUGGGGAAGAGCAAUAUGUUGAUUGGCUUGGUGGAAGGCAUACCAACAAUGCAGCGUGGUGAAGUAGCAAUGGUAUUUUAUGGAAACUUUUCUGGUAAUUCAGAGUCCUUGCUUUUAGGUACAAACAUAGAAAUUUCUUGAGUAAAAUGGCCACUGCAUCUGGCAUCGUUUGCUUGAAAACUAUAAAAAUCUAUGUUUCCUUAUGAAAGUACUUGUCGUUGGGGUAGAUGCUACUUAAAAACUGUGAUUGAAUUGUUACAGCUUCUUAGUAGUUUGUUUAGCCUUUAAGCAUCACCUUGCUAUUUCAAACGAGAGUAACUGUGAAACCUUCAUGGAUAUAUUCUUAUUUGGAUGAUUACUUGCAUCAUUAUCGCCUUUAGUUCCUUACUUGUAUUGUUUUAUGUAAUAAAACAACGUUAAUCUCUUAAUAUGCAUACAAAAAUUCUCAGUUCUUGUCUAAGAUUCAAGUUUUCAUUUUUUUUCAUUUUAAAGUUUCUGGAAGAAUGAACUGGUUUUCCUUAUCCAAAGAUAUUUUUUCUCACACAGUUCAAAUUGAAGUCUGAAGUACACUAUGGUGAGGCUGACUGUCCAGUAACAGCUCCAGACGGUUUCCCAAAACAGGAUGAACUUCAGUUCGAAAUCGAACUGCUAGAUUUCUUUAAAGCAAGGGUAACUGAUAUCCAUUUGUUGAACUUCACCGUGCAGACUCUCUCCUCCAUUGUCUAAAUAGUUAUAACUAUUUUUUCCUUUCCUGCUUUGUGUCACCGUUGAACUGUGUCUCUGGUUUGGUCUUGGAUAUGUUUUGCUAUCUGGUGAAUUAUGAUAUUUUCUUUCACAUGCCUUUUCUUGAUAAUGUAUGAAGGCUUAAUGCUCUGCAUUCGAAAUAUUGAAGAGAUUGGAUCCCGCCCCCAAAAAGAGAGGGAGACCCAUAGCCCAUGAAAGAGAGCUUAUCUUGCGCUCGACAUUUUCUUCCAUUUUGCAAUCUAUAAAAGUUCUCUUCCCAUGGAUGAACCUUCUAACACAGUAUAAUAUCAUGCUGAUUCAAGGAUAGUUAUAGCUGCGAAAUCACCAAGGUUAUGAAUUAAUGUGGACUUUUGAAAAUCCCUGGCACAAUAGACAAAGUGUGAUGAUAAAAAAUACGGAGUUCUUCUACUUACACAUUUACGUCUAGAGAGAAAUUUUCAGGUUAUCCUAUAAAUUUUCUGCCGACUCAAAUUUAAUUAUACUCGUAAAUGUAUGCCACAGUAUGAUAACAGGAAUUUAGUCGUUGUCAAUUUUGGAAUGCGUUUAUUUGCUUACUCUCUGUCUCUCUCUGUCUCUCUCUCUCUCUAAUGGUCCAAGGAAGAGUAAAUCAUCUAUAAUGUAUUGAUGCAUCCUAAGAAUGUUCAAUAUUGAGGUGCAUUGUUCUCUCUCGGUUAAUGGCUUUCAAGACUGACGUGGAAAGAUUUGCUUAAUGUCUCCCUCCCCGGGGCAUGCACGGUGAAGGCUGACUUCAAUGUCUCAUAACUUUAAUAAGGGUUGACUUCAAAGUCAGCAUUUUGAGGUGGGUCUAUUUUACUUGGACCGAGGGUUCUCCAGACAAUAAAGUGUAAGGCUUCAUUAAUAACUGGGGCAUAAAUUAUCACCUACCUCUUGAUUGUACCCUCGGUAGAAUCACCUUUUGGUCGUAUUAAUAUUUAGUCCACCAUCAAAAUAAAAAGUCUUGGAGCUUUCUGAUGUACAUUAUCUGUGCCACUGUAAUCCUUAACUAGAUCAGAUAAACGUUCAUCUUUUGUAGUUGCGCUAUCAAUGUUGGUGCUGCCUGACAGAUCCUCUAUAUAAAUUGUCUUGAUUAUCUCUAAAUCUAUUUACAAUCAUUAACCUUUGUAUUUUUUCAUCCUUUCUUGAUUCUUCGGCGACAAUAAAUUGUAAAAACUAAUUCAAUUAUUUUUUACUCCAUUUUUUCAGGUAAUUAAUGAUGAUUUAGGGAUCGUGAAGAAGGUAUUGAUGACUAGUAUGUGCUGUUUUCGUUUUUCGUCCUUUCAGAAUGCAUGGUUCUCUAGGAUUUGGAAGAUAAACACCCAAUAACUUGGGUAUUCAUAGCUCUCAAUUGAAUAUUCUGAAAAAACUUGAAAAUGAGGUAUUUGGUUCAGUAUCUUCGUAGCUUUGCUCGUUAUGAGCUGAUAAUGUUGGCCGAGUAUGCAUGUACAUCAAGAUUCAGCUUCUCAUGUAUGAAACCAAAAUCUAGUCUCAUUUUGAUACCAUUUUAUUAGAAGCAGGUUAAAGUUGCAUUUUCUUUUUCAGGUCAAAUAGGUUAGGGGCUUUGCAUGUUAUGGUACACCCUCGAGUUAGUCAUAGUGGAGAGCCUGUUAUCUUAAUAGAUACAAAUGUUAAAUGGCGUUCGACCGUGUAUGUUUCGGAAUGAGAGUAGGUUUGAGCUCUUACAGUCUAUGCUUUGUCAAAAUAUUUUAAAUGGCAUGAUUUUUUAUUUAUCACUUCAGAUAACGGAUGAAGGGCAAGGAUGGGAAACGCCAAGGGAUCUUUAUGAAGUGAAAUCAUGGUGAAUAUUUGCUAUCUUUCUUCUAACAAUUGCAUUUUUUUCUUGAUGUAAAUUAUGUACUAUGCUUUCCUUUCUACCACUUUUUCUUCUAUUCCUUCCCUUUACGCGUGUUUCUCACAUUAAGUAUCUGGGAACUGUAGUUUGCUGGCGUGCAACUGUUAUGCAUCUCUGUAUUGUUGCAUAGUCUGUGUUUUAAUUACAAUGCGAUGAUGACGGAGGACCAAUGUUCGACCUAAUUGGAGACCAAGUUUCAGAGCCGGGCUACAUCUACAGACUUCAGAUCACAAGGUCUCGGCCUAUUGUGACAUGUGUACUAAGGUGCAUAACUGUUGGGUUGAUGGGGCAGGUUAAAAAAAAAACCUUGAACUGGGAGUUCGGAUAGGGGAAAAUCAAUACUACAUAGCGGCCCCUUAUGCCUGAUCACAGGAGAGUUGUCCUGUGGGAACCACAUGCAAACUCUGCUUAUUGAGUCAGGUUCAACUGAAUGUAGGGCUUUCUAUGAUCUGAUUAUAUUCAAAUGAAAACAAACCUUAUCAAGUGACGUGGAAUGGAGAUCUAGAGGCUUCUGAUCAACCAUUAAAUAUCCAUGUCAGUAGCCAAUUUCCCGAGGCUUCUCUUUUUGACUUCUGGAAUUGGUUUAAUAUUGACUGAAAUGUUAUUAAAUUUUUUGCACGUGCAUCCUUUAAACCACAAAUAAUGGCUGCUGACUGUUCCUGGUUUUUAAUCAUUUCAUAAGCUUUUGAACAGAUAAACGGUAAAGCGUCUCACUAGUCUUAUAUAUGGCAGGUUCCAGCCUACAGUAUUCACUGAGUUCACUUGGUCUAUCUGAAGUUUUCUCUAUGAAAUUACAAUUUUAAGUGAAUAGUUUGUAUGGCAAAUGCUUUUUACAGUAUCUAAACUGUGAUGCUUCCAUUGACUUUGGUGCACCAUUCUGCCGAACCAUUCGAAAGUUCCUGUUAGAAAUUAUGGUACCUCCUUUAAUAUGCAUCACACAUUAGAAAGCUUGAUCACUCUGUAAUGUAACUUAUUUUUUCUGUUGGCCAAUCUUUCUCAAAAUUUUCUCCCAUAUAAAUUACCGUCUACCGUUGAGUUAUGCCUCGAAAUCAGAAAAUAAUUACAAUGUGAAGUUGAAGGUGGAGUAGUUGGUGCAGGAGCAUUCAGUAAAUUCAACCACGUGUUUCUUAUAAGAGUGUCGUGAGAUGUGUAUUCAAGAGCAAUCAUUCCUUAAACAGAUUUACAUGGUUUUCUUUCCAGGAUCACUGCAAAGUCAGGCGAUGGACGGGUGAUUCUAUCACGCACGAAAGAACCUCUUUUCUUCAUAUUUGGAAAAGCUCAAGUAGGCGAAGUUACUUUUCUUUAUCUCCUUUCCUUUGUAGGUUUGCAAAUCUUCGUGUCUAUUAAGCAUCUCAUAGAUAUGUGACAACAAUUUACAUUAUAGGGAUAAUAGACUUGAAACAAAUGAGCCAGUUGAACCAUCAAAGAUAAUGGUUGUGAAUGUGAAGUGUCUUGAGUAACUUGUCGGCGUUUCGUCAUCAUUCGAGUUAACUUUCUUCAGUCCAUAACUUUUUUGCCUUACUCCAUACCUUUGUUGGUUGUGACCUGUGAGAAAUACGCGUAAUGAAAUACCAAUGUCGAUUUAGUGCCAAGCUAAUGACUUUCAGUUAUUCAUGCUGCAUUCUAUUCUUUCUAAAUGUUGUUUACUACUGUUUAUAUCAUAGGUGCCUAAGGGACUUGAGAUGGGAAUGGGCACAAUGACAAGGGGUGAGAAAGCAAUAAUAUAUGUCAACCGUCCUUAUCUGUCUCAGUCUACUUUAAUUCCGUCUAUUGAAGAUUAUGAUGAAGUUCAGUUUGAAGUAGAGUUAAUCCAUUUUAUUCAGGUAACUCAUAUCCUUCAUUAUGCUACAUGUUAUCCAUGAUAUAAUUCUACUGUGCAUUAUUAGAAGAAUGUUUCUCUGUGGUGAUUAAUUUGUUUAUAAUUAGCUUCUGACAAGAUCAUUUCCCACACUUUUUUAGGUAGGGUGGUGAUUAAUUUGUUUAUAAUUAGCUUCUGACAAGAUCAUUUCCCACACUUUUUUAGGUAAGGGACAUGCUUGGUGACGGCCGUCUGAUCAAGCGUCGCAUCGUUGAUGGACGAGGUAUUAUAUUGGACCAUUUGAUUGUUAAGUUCAAUUUUUUUUCAUCAGUUUUUCGGGUUCAUUGUUUCUCUUAUCCUCCAUUAGGAUAAGGUGAAGCUACGACAGUAUGACCAACAUAGGAUAUUUUGUAUGUCUCUGCCGUUGGGUUCUAGGAUCAUAAUUUAUAGAUUAAGUUUUCGAGUUGAAGGGAAACUUCAUCUUUGUUGAAAAUCCGGAAUGAAGCUUUUCUGUUAUCAUACCCCUGUAUCCUGCUAUUUUCUUCUAGAUGCUCUUUUAGUUUGGUGAGCAGAUGAUGGUGUUGUAACUUGAUUUCCGUUGUUAUUUUCAUCACAUUAUGUUUUUUUGGGAUUUAAUUUUUCAGAUUACGUGAUAAAAUUAGUUUAGAUAUAUAAGGUUGACAAUUAAUCAGCACCUAAUGGAGUGCUUAUAUUUCCCAUUAUACACGUCAGGAAACCUUCUGUAAACCCUUGCUAUACUAUCAUAUUAUUAUAUUCCCUCUGCUAGUUCCUGUCUUGCUGGGACAAUUCUCAGGUAAGUGCCACAAAUUUCCGGUUUCCACGAUGAAGAUACAUCGAUUUUUAGUCAUUCUGGUUUCUUAAUUCCCAGAACUGGUGGUGCUCAGUGUUUCAACCUGUCAAUAUUUUGGUAUCAGGUUUUGGCUCCUAUUGAUAAGAACUAUUUUUUCUGUCCAUACUAUCUCUGGAAUUGAGCAACAACCUAAGAGAAUCCUAUCUGGUUCUUUAUGUGCUACUAUUCUAAUUGAAAUAGUCUCUAAGAUAUAACUGCUUCUUUAGCCAUCUGUAGUCUAGGUUUUUUAUUCGUUUUCUUUUAUCCUCAAAUCACGAGUAAGAUAGUCACUGCAUUUAUAGAAACUUACUACAAGGAAUCUUAUUUUGACCCGAACGUUGGGCACCUAAUCUCUAAUUGCGACCUCUUUCCCGUAAUUUUCAGUUGGUUGAUUUCUGCAGUAUUUUUUUUACGCUUCCUAAGAUGACUCUUUUUGUUCUUGGGAGACAACAGGUGAAUUUCCAAUGGAUUGCCCGAUUCAUGAUAGUUUACUACGAGUUCAUUAUAAGGGCAUGCUACAUAAUGAUGAGAAGACUGUUUUCUAUGACACGAGAAUCGAUAAUGAUGGUCAGCCACUGGAAUUCAGUUCUGGAGAAGGACUUGUGAGUUUUGACGUUUCUUAGCUCUUUUAUUGUUCGCCAUGCUGAUAAAUUACGCCUUCUCAAUUACCGGAGUUUGGAUACAGAAUCAUGAACGUGAAAUGUCUCUAUGUGACUGAUUGACUAUCGGCUGAUGUUAUUGAUGUUAACUGUUUUUUUUUUUCAAAAUAAUUAGGUUCCUGAGGGACUGGAGAUGUGUGUCCGUCUGAUGCUGCCUGGAGAGAUAGCCCUUGUCACCUGCCCUCCGGACUAUGCCUAUGACAAAUUUGCAAGGCCUGUUUUUAGGUUAAGUCAUUCAGCUGCCCUUUCAGAACAGUCUUGCCAUAAGUAUUAUUAUGGUUUUGCAGGCCUUCCUCCGUUCCAAGGGGUGCUUAUGUUCAGUGGGAAAUCGAGCUACUGGGUUUUGAGAUGCCAAAGGUAAUUAAUAAUAUAAUUUGGUGCAAAAAAUAAAAAACUAAGACCUCUGCCCUUCGGUUAUACUUGUUUUGAGUUGACUCUCAAUGUCAUGUAUAAUUGAAAUUCUUACAGGAUUGGACGGGCUUAACCUUUCAAAAUAUCAUGGACGAGGCAGAAAAAAUAAAAAACACGGUAUGUCUUUAAUUCAGGAACUUUGUAGCGAUAUUUCCAUUACAAUUGAUAGACCUCUGAAAGUUAGGGUUGGGAUCUCCGUCGAGGAGGGUCAUCGGAGCCCCGCUUCCUGUUACAACAAAUGCUGCUAGUGGCGGACCUAUCUGUUUGCCAAUACAAGAAGGGGAUCUCAUUCACCCCUAAUGGGAGGGUUGCCUAUCCUGUAUUUCUAUUAAUUUCGUUUUUUUCACGAUUUAAGUCGGUAAUUAGCUCGCCAAAACUUUAUUUGGACUCAAAAUUUAAGAAGUACUAGUUUUCCGGUAGUUAAAGCCCAGGUAAUCCUUUGUUCUUUGACCGACUGUUGAAAAGCAGCUACCGGACUAGUGUAGGCAUCCAUGUAUUGAUUUUAUAUGCGAUAUAGCUAACGCAAGUGAAUUCUUAUAUUCCAGGGCAAUAGGCUUUUCAAAGAAGGGAAGUUUGACCUUGCGAAGGCAAAAUAUGAGAAGGCAUGUGAUAUUUCGCCUCCUACGCUAUUUCAGAAUUGAUCCAUAUCUGGUCCUCAUUCUUUCCUCUGAUUUGUAGUUCUGUGCUGUCCACCUGCUACCUUGAUGAAUGCUCUUCUGUUAAACUCUAUAAACUGCAUCCGUAGAGGCUUUUUCUCUUUGAGAGUGUGUUUGGGUGGGGGGCGUCUCCCGAUGUUACUGCGUGGAAUUUAAUUUCGGUAUCACCCAUUUGUCCUUCCAUGUGUAUAUAUGGUCAUCCUCAAUGAUGGAUUUUUCUAGGGUAUCCGAGUUUGUAUGAUAAUAUAUCUGUGUGUAUUAUCACUUUCUUCGCGACAGUUUAGAGCCUGAGACUUCUGAGCUAUUGAAUGCUGAUUUCACUGAAGAAGAAGAAAUACUGCUCUCUUCGUUGUUGUUGCCCACGGAUAACAGCCGUUCUCUUUGGAAAUCGACCAUCUCAUAGAAUUAAUGACCUUUGCACUGAUUAGUACCUUUGACUCUAUGCUUUCAUGCGAAAUUUUUCCGCCGCAGGUUCUUCGAGAGUAUAACCAUGUCAACCCACAAGAUGAUGAGGAGGGAAAGAUCUUCUUAAAUUCCAGAGUGAGUCUCUCUGCAUCGUAUAUUGCGGAUCGCGACUCUGCAUCUUGCAUUCAUUACAUCUUGACACCACUUGCAUUCUUCGUCUGUCGGGCUAAUUACUUUGCUCCACCUCCGCAAUCUGCUUACACACCGGCCGGCGCAGGAAUCGCAGAACUCGUCAGAGAGCAACUGAUUCUGCUUGGUCUUUUUUAUUGUUACAGAAUUCUCUCCAAUUAAAUGUGGCAGCUUGUUACCAGAAAAUGGGAGAGCACAGGAAAUCAAUCGAUGCAUGUAACAAGGUAUCAGGAUCUGAAAUAUUCGAUAUUUUUUUUCAAGGGGUGCGAGAUUUCUGAAGAGUCAUAUCCCGUUCCUAAUGAGAUCGUGGGUAGGUAUUGGAAGGGAGCCCGGCCCACGCCAAGGCUUUGUACCGCCGCGGCACGGCCUACAUGUUAGCAGGAGACUUCGAAGAAGCAAGGAGCGAUUUUAAAAGGGUAAGUCUGAUUUAUACGAGCCCCACCUUCUGAUGCAGGAAGUCAACGCCAAGAUGAUCAUCAUUCUCUCUGCCUCCGUCUCUUAGAUGAUGACCGUCGACAAAUCUUCCGAACCCGAUGCCACAGCUGCCCUCCUGAAGCUGAAGCAGAAGGAGCAGGUGAAUCCCUCCCAUGGCGCAUCGUCUCUCUUUUCCUUUGCACAGCCUGUUCACCCUACGAAGCCAUGGAACGCAGGAAGCGGAGAAGAAGGCCAAGAGGCAAUUCAAGGGGCUUUUCGACAAGAAGCCGGGGGAAAUCUCCGAAGUCGGGAAGGACUCUACUACAGACGACUCCCCCGCGGAAUCAGGAAACCUAGACGCCGACGUGGGCGGCGCCGCCGUGGACGAGGGCAGCUACGGCGAGGGAGGUGACCCCUCCGCUGACAGGCCAGGGCUGCUGUCCCGUUUCUGGCCCUCGGGUCGAAGAUUCUUCUCGGGCGUUGGGCUCGCCAAGUGCUCCAUCCUGUAA